AUGAAAAUCGAUGGUUCUUCUCCGCCCACCGUCUCUGUGACAACAUCGAAUUUCUUCAUCCGAUGUUUCAGCACCAAGAAGGAAGAAGGGUUGUCUACUAACCAAAUAUUCAACAUGUCUAUUUUAUUUGGAAAACAUGAUGAGCUGAGGAGAAGAAAAGAGCUCAACCGAAGAAGCAGCCAUAAGAUAAAGCUCAAUAUUUCUAAGAACAAAGCAAAACUGAUCAUGAGGUUUCAGGCAGUCAACCUUCUAUUGGCGGCAAUACUUCUCUUCCUAUCAUUUAAGGCAUACACUACUGUUAAAUUUGCAGAUGCAUGUCUUCAGACAUUGAAAGGAGAGUUCGAAAUCAUUCAUGUGCAUAUGUUGAUUCACAGGUGA